UUUUUUUUAUCCCUCUCUCGCUCUCACUCUCACCACAUUUCCUGCAAUAAAAUGGCCAGCAAAGUGCCAAAAAUGCACGUCUUAAUUGUCGGAGGAGGGAUCGGAGGACUGAUGCUAGGUCUAAUGCUCGAAAGGGCCGGCAUUGACUACCAGAUUCUCGAGCGAUCCCCUGAACUUCGGCCGUUGGGCAGCGCUAUCUCCCUGAAUGGCACCGUUCUACGCUUGUUCGAACAACUAGGACUGCUAGAAGACCUGCUCAAGAUCUCAAAGGCCGCCGGCAGGCUUCAUUUAGUAAAAGAAGACCUAGAGACCCAGGGUCAUAUAGAUCUUGAGCAUUUUCGCGAAAGAUACGGCUACCAUAGCAUCGUGUUUGGCCGCCCAGAUUUCUUUCAGAUGCUGAUCUCUCACAUCCCCGCAAAGAAGAUCCUGAUGGGCAAGCGCAUUCUUUCGUCCUCCCAGACAGAGCUUGGCGUGAUAGUCCGGUGUUCCGAUGGCUCUGCUUACCAUGGAGAUAUUCUCGUUGGUGCAGAUGGCGCCCACAGCUCAAUACGACAAUGCAUGCACAAAACUCUGAAGGAGCAGGGCUUGCUACCAAAAUCAGACUCGGAAAAGCUCAAAUUUGAUCAGAAUUGUGUCGUUGGUAUCACGAACGAGCUUGAUCCUGAAAAGUUUCCAAUCCUGAAGGAGGAGCUGUGUGAACUGUAUGGUGUCAUAGGCAAGAAAAAUCCUUACACGGUAAGCCUUCGUACCUCUCUCCAUUAUCGGAUUUUGUUCGCGUCAUUACACAGUUGGACGCGUUAUUUGCUCGAUUGCUUCGGUUGAUGCUCGAUGAUCCAGGCACAAAUGUUACAGCACAUACACCUGUGGGACAUUGCAGCUCAUCUCUGAAACACUGCCUACUAUUUAUUUCGGAUGGUGCUCACCAGUGCCAUCUAUGCAUUGCGACCCUCAUUUUGUCUCACAGCUCACAGGCCACAGCCGCAAUACUCUACACCAUCGCUUUUGCUCACAAUUGUGCUUUUUUUUUUUUUUUUUAAAAAA